UCCUUUUUUCCGGUACCUUUCUUUCUCUUCCUCGUUGAGUCCCGAUCUACCGAUCUCCCCUCGGCUCGACCGCCGGCCCGCCUUGACGUAGCAGCUUAUCGUAACCGCCGACGCCUCCAGCCCCCCCUCCCCCACAACCGAACUCCCCAGCCGGACUAUCGCGCUCGCCACCGUCAGCGCCGUUCCCGGUCUUACUCUUCGCGAGAUCGUGUUCCUGCUGUCUCCACCCCGUCGUCGAUCUUGGUCAUUGGGCUUCAGCCUAGGAGUAACACUUUCAGCUAGACAAUAAUCAUGAGUCUUGCUUGUCUCGUAUGCCAUGGCAUGGGCAGCCCAUCGCACUCUCUCAGGAGCUACUCAGUGUCCAGUUCGGAGGAUGACAACCGAUGUGGAGCUGUUGUCACCUGCUUAACUCGGAGAGUAGCCCCUGCUGGAUCUGCUAGUGUUGGGACAUCAAAGGUGACCCCCUUUCCAUCCAUGGCAACUGGUCAAAGUGCUGAGGGAACUCCUCGUCUUCAGCGAAGCCGUGCUGUGUCAAGAGACCUUGUCAGAGACUGGAAUUUCGAUGAAGCCAUUGUCACGAACUAGAUUAGGCGUCAGACUGUUACCAGUUGGACUUUGCACCCGUACUUAUUCAGAAGGAGAUUCCAUCAUUUGGUGUACAUUUUUUGCUAGCGUUAUUCAGUUGCUGGGAAAAUGCUCAAGAGUGAUGGGACUUCUCGUGAGCAAUAUGUUGGUAAUAUAUGAAGGUCUGUCUGUGUAGUUAGAAUAAAUUUAGUGUUUUUUUUCCUAUUUCUAAAAGUGGAUAUGCUGUGCUGUGCUUCUUGUAUAUUAUGAAAUAUCUAUUUCCUAUAAAUGCUGGAAAAUGGCAUUUGAAUU